UUUUACCAUCACUUUCUUGACAUUCAAAUUUAUUAUCAUUAUAAUUAGAGACAAAAAAAAAUGCCACCAAUUACAGAAGAACAGAAAAAUCAAGACGUUCAAGACAUCAUUCAAGAUGGAUUUAAAGGAGCUGCCACUACAUGUGCUCUUACUUCUGUAGUUGUGUUUGCUUCUACUCGUUAUUGUCCAUGGGCUAAGGCAAAUAUAAAUUAUGCUGGUAAAACAUUCAUCAUAUCUGCAUUGACUGCAGCUUCUUUUGCCUUCAGUGCUGAACAGUCUAUAAUGAAGAAGCAUCGUGGUCAAGAUAGGUGGGACUCACCAUGACUCCCAUAUAAUCAAGAAAUUAAAUUUUGAGAAAUAAAAAAAAUUCUUAUAUUAAUAAUUAUGUGGAUAAUAUUCCCCUUAAAUUUUGUAAAUCUUGUUUUAGUUUAAGGAGAUGCCU